AUGACCAUGCUUAAGGAACUUGAGAAAUUAGGACCAAAGAAAGGUGUGAUUACCCAGUCCGUGAAAGAUGUUGUCCAAAGUCUAGUGGACGAUGAUCUUGUUUCAAAAGACAAGAUAAGAACCUCUAGAAAAAAGAUAGCAACAAUUGCAUAUUUUUUUUAUGUCUUUUUUUAUUUUUUUGAGAAUGCAAGUUCAAAUGCGGCAUACAAUGUAUCAAGGUUUAUAGCUUGGAAUGUGAGAGAAAAACAUUGCUGUGCUGGGUUACAACCCAGUUCAUUGAAGCAUUGCAUUGAAACAUCUAUAUCCUACCAGAGACCAAAUAAAAGAUUCCUGGUUAAUGCUGCUGAUGGACAACCUCUUGAAUCGGAGCCAAAAAAUGUUUUGAACUCCGUUAAAGAUUCCUUGGAUGCUUUCUAUAGGUUUUCUCGGCCACAUACAGUCAUAGGCACGGCAUUGAGCAUAGUCUCAGUUUCCCUACUUGCAGUCGAGAAGCUUACAGACUUUUCACCAUUAUUUUUUGCUGGGAUGUUGGAGGCUGUUGCAGCUACCCUCUUAAUGAACAUUUACAUUGUUGGUUUGAAUCAGUUGUAUGAUAUUGAUAUAGACAAGGUUAACAAGCCAUAUCUUUCGUUGGCGUCAGGGGAAUAUUCAAUUCAAACUGGUGUCAUGAUUGUCGCAUCCUUUUCUGUUCUGAGUUUUGGCCUUGGAUGGAUUGUUGGGUCAUGGCCAUUAUUUUGGGCCCUAUUCAUCAGUUUUGCAUUGGGAACUGCUUAUUCAACCAAUGUGCCCCUUUUGAGAUGGAAGAGAUUUGCUUUAGUUGCAGCAAUGUGCAUUCUCGCGGUUCGAGCAGUGAUUGUUCAACUAGCUUUUUUUCUUCACAUGCAAACCCAUGUCUUUAAAAGGCCAGCUGCCUUCUCAAGGCCUCUCAUCUUUGCAACUGCAUUUAUGAGCUUCUUCUCAGUUGUUAUAGCAUUAUUUAAGGAUAUACCUGAUAUUGAUGGAGACAGGAUUUAUGGCAUCCGAUCUUUUACAGUGCGCUUGGGUCAAAAGCGGGUGUUUUGGAUAUGCAUUUCACUACUUGAAAUUGCUUAUACAGUUGCACUUUUAGUAGGAGCAUCAUCUGGCUUCUUGUGGAGCAAAGUCAUUACGGUAUUGGGACACACAAUUUUGGCUUCAAUACUCUGGACUAAUGCCAAGUCGGUUGAUUUGAGCAACAAAGCUGCAAUAACAUCGUUUUAUAUGUUCAUAUGGAAGGUAAAUAACUAUGGUGCCAAAUUUAAUUUGUUUGGCGCUCAUUUUUGGGUAUACCUCGAUUUUUGUGCUUUGACUCAAAUUGCAUUGAUUUAGGAU